GUAUGGGUGAGAAAGAAUCUAGAGGAGCACUUUUAUUGAUGAAUAAUAUAUUGAACCAUGGCUGAGGAGUAAAGCAAAGAUCUCUAAAAGGAUAUUCUUACACUUGAAGUGUGGGCAUGUAGAAAAUGCAACACCUUUAUCUACUUUCAAGCCAAGCGAUAUAACCCCCCACUAAAUCCUCUAUUUUCAGCACUAAUACAUACAUAUAAAUUAAUACUCUAUGAUCUCCCUUGAUUUAUGUGAAUCUAGAAAUACAGAAGAAAUCAUGGCUAAGAUACUCUUCUUGUUUUUUGUUUUGCUAAUGGUGGCUCAUGGAAUUGCAAUAAUCAAUUUGUCAGAUGAAGUCAUCCUGUCAGAGCUUGAGGAUUUGGAUGCAGAAGAAGGUGAUGAAGCAGAGUCUUUUGACCUCCCCAAAUGGGAAACUCAUCGUGGAAACAAGAUUCUUGUAAAUGUGGAUAGCUUUGGAGCUGUUGGCGAUGGGGCUUCAGAUGACACCAAGGCUUUUGUUGAUGCAUGGAAACAAGCUUGUUCAACACCAAAAUCAGUCCUCUUGGUCCCUGCAGGACGCUUUUAUCUAGUAAAUGCAACAAGGUUCCGAGGGCCUUGUGCAGGCAGAUUGAGAGUCCAGAUUGAAGGAACUAUAAUAGCACCGGACGAGCCUAAAAACUGGGACCCAAAGAAUCCACGAAUUUGGCUUGGCUUCUUUAACUUGGCUGGAGCUCUGUUCCAAGGAGGAGGAGUUAUUGAUGGAUCAGGCAGCAAAUGGUGGGCAGCUUCAUGCAAGAAGAACAAGACUAAUCCUUGCAAAGCAGCACCAACUGCAUUAACUAUAUAUGCAAGCUCAGGUAUAAAGGUGAAGGGCCUAACAAUCCAAAAUGGCCAACAGAUGAACUUUGCCAUUUCUCGAUCAAACUCUAUACGAAUAACUGGUGUUAAGGUUUCUGCUCCUGAAGACAGUCCUAAUACUGAUGGAAUCCAUAUAACUGAAUCAACAAAUGUUGUACUCCAGAAUUCCAGAAUUGGAACAGGUGAUGAUUGUGUCUCAAUUGUCAAUGCUAGUUCAAAUAUCAAGAUGAAGGGAAUUUACUGUGGACCUGGCCACGGAAUCAGCAUUGGGAGCCUUGGUAAGGACAACUCUGUUGGUAUAGUGACUCAGGUUGUACUUGAUAAUGCAUUCCUCAGAGGUACCACAAAUGGUCUGCGGAUCAAGACAUGGCAGGGUGGAGCAGGUUAUGUCCGUGCAGUGCGCUUCCAAAAUGUAAGGAUGCAAGAUGUUUCAAAUCCUAUCAUCAUUGACCAAUUCUAUUGCGACUCACCAAAGUCGUGCCAGAAUCAGACAUCUGCAGUUGGGAUAAGUGAGAUAGUUUACCGGAAUGUUAGUGGUACUUCAAAGAGCCAAAAGGCAAUCAAAUUUGCAUGUAGCGACAACGUGCCCUGCAGCCACAUUGUUCUGAACAACAUCAACUUAGAGACCAGAGAUGGUACUGCUGAGGUCUACUGCAAUUCUGCCACAGGGAUUGGUUAUGGUUAUAUUCAUCCAUCAGCGGAGUGCCUGAACUCCUCUGGCAAGAAAAUUGAGAAAAUGGAGGCCAUGCUCCACGAAUCAAAGGAAGAAUACCUCGUUCAUACUGAGCUAUGAAUUGACUUCCACAUGCCAUUUCUCCAACAUGAUGAUUAUUGAAGCAGAUAAUCUUAUUAUACAUCCUGUAUUUUAGUGCUUACUUACUGAUUUGAGUAAUCUCAGAUUCUGAGAUUUCUAACUAGGUAAGGUAACAGCUAAAUACUAUUUUACAGGGAUUCGUUUAAAGAUAUUUAUAAAAAUGAUAUAUUGUAUCCUUGAGUUUUCUUCCAUGAUACAUUCAAUGUAAUACACAGAUUUUAUGUUUUGUGUGCAAAUAUAAUGAGAAGGUUCAAGAAGGCCA